CGCCGCCCCGUGCUGCGCGGCGGCGGGGCGGGAUGGAGUCGGUCGUCUUCAUCUUCUCGCUCAUCGACUGCUGCGCCCUCAUCUUCCUCGCCGUUUACUUCAUAAUCACACUGUCGGAUCUGGAAUGUGACUACAUUAAUGCCAGAUCUUGCUGCUCGAAACUCAAUAAAUGGGUGGUCCCCGAGUUGGUUGGCCAUGCUAUUGUAACGGUAUUAAUGCUUAUUUCAUUGCACUGGUUCAUCUUUCUCCUUAAUUUGCCAGUAGCAACAUGGAAUAUAUAUAGGUUCAUUAUGGUGCCUAGUGGAAACAUGGGGGUUUUUGAUCCCACAGAGAUCCAUAACCGAGGACAACUGAAAUCGCACAUGAAGGAAGCCAUGAUCAAACUUGGCUUUCAUCUGCUCUGUUUCUUCAUGUACCUUUACAGUAUGAUUCUGGCUUUGAUAAAUGAUUGAGAAGUUGAACCCUUAGCUGCUAAUUUGGGUCAUCACUCCAAUGACUGGUUGUGGAGCCACUGACACCUUCUGAACRUACCUAGACCAGUGUCGUCAUGCAGUAUAUUUUUCCUCUUUGAACAAAAAAUAUUUUUCUGUAUUUUUAACAUAAAAUAUUUUCAAAAGACAUUGGAUUUGUGUAGCAGUUGUUUGUGUUCCUUUUACAACAACCUGAACUGUGGUUGCUGCUACAAGGUGAAAUACUUGCUUACCAAACUCGUCCUGUGGGAAGGA